AUGAUCAAAGAAGUCAAUGAUGUGUCCAAGCAGAGAGGUAUUCUUGUAGACGACAAAUUCGUGUCCGUGGAUCUCUGCUUCGGUGCGGAUCUGAAGUUUAUUUUGCUUCUCCAAGGCAUGCAGUCGGCGGCUUCAACCCAUCCGUGUCCAAUCUGCAAGGCCAGUAAGGAAGAACGCUCAAAUCCCAGCAUCCCAUCAGGCUUUUUUAAUUCAUCUGCGAUGACUCGUACCCAAGAUGGAAUGAAAAAAGACUGCGACAAUAUGACAAACUCUGUUCGUUAUCCGCCGCUGCUCAUGAUAGAGCCCUCCCGUGUGGUACCUGACAUCAUGCACAUGGGAUUGAGAAUAGUUGAUAGGCUUGUUGAGAACCUCAUUCUUGAAAUGCAAGACAAAGAUUCUUCAAUAGAAGUAUGCAACACAUCAGCGAAAGAGGACCAUGUCGCUAAGCUUAUUGCGAUUAUCCACGAUUGUGGCGUCAGUAUCCAUCUUUUUUCUUCAAAUGAUUCGAAACAUCAGGGGAGGAGCUUCAGUUCGCUGACAGGAACUGACGUUGACGUACUGCUAGAAAAGCUGCCUGGUCGUCUUCGAGAUGUCCUUCAUCACGACACAGCCGAAGAUGUUGUUUUGCUCUGGAACAUCUUAAGAGAAGUACUUAAUGUUUACAAGAAUGAUACAUCCGGCUCUGACGUCUCGGCGCGAACAAAACUUUUUCUCGACGUUUUCGUGCGGCUGGGCGCAAACCGCAAAGGAUAUGGUCGAGACCGUGUGACUCCCUACAUUCACAUAUUUUGUGCGCACUCGGCGCAAAAGCAUGUACAACUGCACUGCCUGGGCCAUUAUUCCAGUCAGGGGCUUGAGAAGAAGAACGACACGCUGAAAAAACUGCACCACACUAAAACUGACAAGUGGGACGCCGCAUGGGACGUCUUAAAAAUAGUGAAGCGGGGAGAAUUGCAGACUCAAAGGCCGCCAGUAAGAAACUACACAAAAAGAUCUCGCGAGUACUGGUCUCUGGGUGGUAUUCAAGAAAGUCGAAAGAAAAGACCACGUAGGAGCGUUGUUCCGCGAAAUGACAAUCCUAGUGGGACUUUGAAUCUAGAUGCGAUGCGCCCCGGUGAAAUUAGAACAGAGUUGGCACAUCGUGGUACAAAUACAUCAACCAGGGACUUCCAGAAAUUAAAACAAAUGCUCAGGGACUCUGAGCGCUGA